CCAAGGCCAGUCACGUAUGGUCUGGCAGUCAUGAGGAAUGUGGCUUUGGGGUAGUGGGAUUUGGUUUUAAGAAUAACAUUAGUGGUUUGUCCGGGGGUAAUGAGAAUGGCGUUAGUCUCAAAAGGCUUAACAUAUACUGCAUCUGCUUCAACGACUGUGAGGGUGUGAUUCGCAAUACUGAAGAAGAGCUCAUCAUUGAGUGCUGCGUUGACCACACGAAGAAGUUUGCAGCCCAACCAAGGUGUCAAUUCAUUGAAGCUGCAAAUGUCAGAACGUAUGGUAAACAGACAUGCCAAAAAAUAUGCACUUUACGAAGGAGUCAAGCUAGGAAUAUGAAGGAACCUUCAGAAUUCGUGUCUAUAAAUUUCUCAACAAAGAGCAUCUAUCAUCAACGUGAUCUGUUCUGCAAAUGGUUUCAUCAGAAAACUGAGAAAAUGGGAAAGAGCUGUGGAGGGCCAUGCUUUCUCUGUUUCACUUUGCUUUUGGUUCCUCUUCUCCAAGCUGAGCAGACCUUUCCUUCAGAAAACAAGAAAAAUUGCACCUACGUGAUCACCAUAGAAACAACAUGCACGGUGGGAGCUGAAACUUCGAACCAUGUGAGCCUAAGAUUUGGAGACACCAAUUCAAAUGACAUAGUGGUUCGUCACCUCAACUCCAAGCACAUUAAAAAAGUGGACCCAUUGGAGCCUGAGGUUCUUGACGAUGUACCCAGAAGGCCCUUUCAGGCUUGCAUGGUGGACCAGUUUCUGGUCACUGCUCCAUGCGUGGACUCCCCCAUCUGCUACCUCUACCUCAAAAUGAUCGGCCUCGACGACUGGCGGCCAGGCUUUGCACAGGUCCGGGUGCUCGGAAGGUCUCAUCUGAGCUCCAACUUGUUCCAUCUCCGGCGAUUUAUGCCGAGACAUGUGUGGCAUGGUGCCGAUGCAUGUGACAGAGAACUUACUCCUUUUGGUCUCAGGAAGAAGAGAAAGGCGUAUGUCAAAACUCCUUAGCUUGUGAAACACACUAUUAUCUUUUUUCUUUUAACAAAUACUAUGAAAAAAGAAACACUAAACCACUAGUGGUUUAAUUAAUGCAAUUGAUCUUCAUA